GGAGACAUAAUGAUUACGUUUUUAUUUAUUUAUUAUUAUUAUUAUUAUUAUUAUUUUACUGUUUUAUAUUUUACAGCUUUAAUUUUAUUUAAAAGGACUUUUAAACAGAAAAAAUGAAAGAUCUGUAAAGUAGAGGAACCAGGGUGAAGGGGCGGGGCUCUGUCUCUGUUUACUGCUGAUAGACCAAUCACAGCCCGCCUGAGCUCGGUCAGCCAAUAGGAAGGCAGUAACGGCAGGGGGCUGCUCAUGCCUCUCAUAACAACACAGGAAGAGCGUGUCAACAGUGCGGACACCGUUCUUCUUCCGAAAAUGACCCGCUGGUUCACCGAAUUCGCUAUAUUUUAACCCUCGCCAUGCUUUCGUCAUCUUUUAUAGUCAUUUGCAGCUCCGUGCUGUCACUUCCAAACAUUGUAGCGUCAUGUGUGUUCUUGCUAGUCUAUUACUUGGUGAGUUUCUAUCAGAAGCAGCGGACAGUAUACAGGAAUAUCCCUCCAGGUCCAAAGCCGUGGCCUGUCGUCGGGAACUUUGGCAACUUUUUCGUUCCUCCUUCUGUUCGGACGAAAAUCGGAGAUCAGCCGAACAGCACCAACGCUAUAGAAAUCGAGGCUUUGAGCCACCAAGCCAGAAUAUAUGGGAACAUGCACAGUCUAUUCAUCGGCAGCCAGCUGAUCGUAGUUCUGCACGGCUUUGACCUGAUCAGAGAUGCGCUCCUCAACCACCCGGAGGUCUUCUCCGACAGACCCGACAUCCCGCUCGUCACCAUCCUGACCAAACGCAAAGGAAUAGUUUUUGCACCCUAUGGGCCAGUAUGGAAAAAGCAACGCAAGUUCUGCCACACCACACUUCGAAACUUUGGUUUGGGAAAGCUGAGUUUGGAGCCUUGUAUACAACAAGGCCUGGCAAACGUCAAGCGAGAGCUGCUCCGCCUGAACGAGGAGCGUGGCAGCGCCGGCGUGGACCCCACCACCCUGAUUGGCAACUCCGUCUCCAACGUCAUCUGCUCCCUGAUCCUCGGCCAGUGCUUCCACCACGAGGACGUGGAGUUCCGCACCAUGAUUCGCCUCAUGGAGCACGGGCUGAAAAUCUGCAUGAACAGUCCAGCAGUCCUCAUCAACAUCUUUCCGCUGCUCUACUAUUUGCCUUUUGGGGUUUUCAAGGAGCUACGGCAGGUGGAGCGAGACAUCACCGUCUUCUUAAAGAGGAUUAUUGCAAAGCACCGUGACACGCUGGAUCCUGACAAUCCACGGGAUCUUACAGACAUGUACUUGAUAGAGAUGUUGGCACAGCAAGCUGCAGGAGAGGAGGACAGCAGCUUCACUGAUGAUUAUCUCUUCUAUGUUAUCGGGGACCUCUUUAUUGCUGGCACAGACACCACCACCAAUUCCAUUUUAUGGUUUUUGCUCUACAUGGUCUUACACCCCGACGUCCAAGACAAAGCUCAGGCUGAGAUCGAUGAAGUGGUUGGAAAACACAGAGUUCCCUCCAUGACGGAUAAAGGGAGUUUGCCGUUCACGGAGGCCACCAUCAUGGAGGUGCAGCGGCUGCACUCGGUGGUUCCUCUUGCCAUUCCACACAUGACCUCACAGACAACAGUGUUCAGAGAGUACACCAUUCCAAAGGGAACAGUUAUUUUUCCCAACCUGUGGUCCGUACACAGAGAUCCAACCCUCUGGGAGGAUGCUGACUCGUUCAAGCCCACACGGUUCUUGGACCAUGAGGGGAAUCUCCUCAGAAAAGAGCACUUCAUACCAUUUGGCAUUGGUCGCAGGGUCUGCAUGGGUGAGCAGCUGGCUAAGAUGGAGCUGUUCCUGACCGUCACUACUUUACUGCAAGCCUUCAAGUUCAGACACCCUGAGGGAAAGCCUCCUCCCACUCUGAAGGAACGCUUCGGCCUGACGAUGGCUCCGUACCCUUUUAGUGUGUGUGUGACACCCCGAGGUGGAAACGAAGGAGCAGAUUUAAAGAAGAGUGACCUCGCCUAAAAGUCUAAGCAGACAGAGAGAAAAUGGUUCCUAUUAGAGCCACACAAAAUAUAUAUAUAAUAUAUCAUUUCUUGGCCAUAUUUAAAAUGUGGUUUUAACAAUUUCAACUUAUUUUUUUAAGGGCCUAUACCAUGCUUUACUUAAGUUAAGUUCAUUUCCAUAUAUAUGAUCAUAUAUUACAUUUGGCACACUAAAGAACAAAUUAUUUAUGAAAUGAAUAAUUUUUAAGUUUUUUUUCGUACCCGGACGUAAGCCAAAAAUAAACAAAGUAAUAACAAAUACUACUCCAUAAUAGCUGUUCUUAAUACUACCAUUAGAGAAAAACAUCUAUCUUUCACAUGUAAGACAGGCACUGCCUUUCACUACUUUGUGGGUCCCGCCCAUUUCAUGAUGUCAUCCUAGAACCAGCCUCGGCAUACUGUAUAUCUGCCUUGAAUAGCUAACAGCUGAGCUUAAUGAGCACCAAAGUUAGCAGCUGAUCAGCGCUAGCUAGGCAGAGAAAUUGGGUGUUUAUAUUAGCCUGGGGGCGGUUCUCAAUUUGUGACAUCAGCUUGUGAGCACCCACUCGUUUUUGUGCGUUGGAAGGGGCUGGUUCUCAGAGCACAGGUUUUUAGAGGAAUGCUCAGAAAUGCGUGAACGGAUCAAAAAUAUAGUUAGGAAUGAACGUUAUAAUACCCUUAAAAGCUCAAAAAGUUGAUUUUGCAUGGUACAGGCCCUUCAAGUCUUACAUGCUUUAACAGUUUGUUCGUUGAUUAUUUUUGACAGUUUAACCUAAAGAGUCUGAAGUUUUUAAAUUUGUUUGGUCCAAUUUCUCAUUUCAGAUCAAAAACGAUUCAAUCGUGAAUAUGCUGUUGACACCUGCAUGUAUUUCAAGCUAUGAAAAAAAUGAUUUUGCUAAAUUAAGGUAAUUUUGGAACCACUGUGGUUUGAUAUGUAUUUGCAUCAAUUUGCAUUAAGGCAGGGGUGUCCAAAGUCGGUCCAGAAAUCCUGCCUUAUCUGCUCCUGAUUACCUGGACCAGGUUUGUUUGGCCAAUAAGGAGCUUCAAUGGCAGGUUAGUUGGAAAACAUGUAGGACACCGGCCCUCGAGGACUGACUUUGGACACCCCUGCAUUGAGGAAUAUUUUUUUCUAACAAAAGACCAUUUCAGUUAAUGAAUUUUAGUAUUAAAUCAAGAUUUCAAUGAAUAUAAGGACUAGUGGAUCAGCUUUGUGUGUUUUGUUUGUAUUUUUUAAAUAAUUAUAUUGAUUUAUUGUUUUAUCGAAAUUGUAAAAAAUAGUUGUAAUUUUUGAAAAGCACUUCUAUUUUUGUUUUAAAAAAUGUAAUUAUGACAAAUAAAUUAUAUAAGAUUAUUUAAAUGAUAAAUUAUUUUCCAAAGAAAUUCACAAUGUUGUAGGUGGUAUCAUUUUCCACAUCUAGAGAUAUUUAAAAUUGGGCAGUUAGUUCUCAGAGUGCUUGAGUGUUUAUGCAAUCUAUGCAAUCUGUUCAUAAACCAGUAAAUGAAUUUAGUUAGAAACUAAACCACUGUGAAACUAAGCUAAUUCAGCUAAUAAACAUGCACGUUUCAUGCAUGAUCCCAUCAUUUUACCUGUCUGCAAUAAAUUCUAGUUUGAUAAAAGUUUUCUCUUAUGUUUCAUUAAUUUCAUGAAACUUUUAAUAUUAUUGUAGUUUUUCAGCUAAGCUACACCUGUCAUAAAAGACACAUUUUCUGUUAAAGUUUGGAGUGCUGCUUUUGUUUUGAAGAGGGAUGAUCUUAGUUAGAAAAAAUUGACAUGUUGCUCAAUUUCCAUUCAGUGUUUUUUUUUUUUUUUUUUUCAAUUAAGAAAUAAUUUCUGAGCUUGUCUAAAAACUAUCCUAGAUGAUAACAAUUUGUCACUUUUAAAGAAAAAAGAAAAUGUCUAAGUCUGAAUGUCCUGCUGUGCAAAACCAGAAAAUUAUUUCAGAAUGAUUGGCACCCAAGACGGAAAUGAUUCUUUUUUAAGUGCAUUAGGAGAAUGGGGGAUACAAUUUGCCAAAUGU